AUGUAUUCAUCAUCUUCAUCGUCGCGCCGCCGCCGCCGCCGCCGCCGCCGCCGCCUCGGCGCGGGAGUGGGGGGCUCCGCUCGGCCGGCCGGGUGCUCGCCGCUCUUCCCGCUGCCCCCGCCCCCCCUCCGGCGCGGACCCAGGCGGCCCGGCGGCGAGGUGACGCGGCCCCCACCGCGCCCUGCGUCGCGCCCGCCCCGCCGGGGCCGCGGAGGGGCCGGCGGCCGCGCCUUCGCACGCGCCCCGCCCGGGUCUCGGGGCCCGCGCGCCGCUCGCCAGGACGCGGCCCCCGCCGGGUCCCGCCGCCCCCUCCCCUUCGCCCCCACCCCACGGCGGCCGCUUCGGGCUUCGCGGCUCAAAAACAACAGCGGAGGCGCCGCCAGCUCCGCGCUCCGCCGCUGCCCCGGCCGCGGGCGGCCCUCGGACCCGCCGCCCUGGGGCCGCCGCGGGGCCGCCGCGGGCAGCGCGCUCCGCGGGCCCCGGGGGCGGCGCGGGGGAGGACGUCCGCACGCCGGGGUCCUGGGCCCUGCGUCCCGCGGUGCCCCGCACCUCUCCGCCCCGGGGGCGGGCCCACGCGCUCCUGCCUCCGCGCCCCCCUCGGCGCACCGGCGGCCCCCAGGUGAGUACCUGGGUGUUCGAGAGCCCGAGCUGGGCCACCUGCGGGGCCGCGGGCUCUGGGGACAACCCCCCCCCCCCCGCCGCCGCCUCUCCCGGCCCAGGUGCGUCGCGGGCGGGAGGCCGGCGGCGCAGGUGGAGGAGUGCGGCCCGGAGCGGACCGGGCGCUACGCCGGCCGCCCUGGAACGCGGAGGCGCGCUGAGGGGCCCGCACUGGGCCCCGGCGCGGGGGCCUGGUGGAGUGAGAACGGAUUCCUCCUCAGAGCGCGGCUGGGAUUCGAGAACGAAUUGGAAGCCAACGGAGGCGCUGCGCCCCCCACCCCCACGCUUCCCGCGCCCCUCCAGGGGCAUCCAGGGGCGUCCAGGUCCUGCGGUCAGCGGGACUUGGAGCUGCUGCAGAGCCUGGGCAGGGGUCGGGCUGCUCGCCGCCCCGGGGUGGUCUCCCGGCCCCGAAGCCCCCUUUGUUAUGCAAUGAGAGCAGACCUGCACUCAGGACCCACAGAAGGAGGCCCCAGAUCGCCGGCCAUGGCACCCCGUACCGGGGCCGCAGGGCUCAAACCACGGCGAGGGGAAGCCCUCAGAGCGGGCUCGGAGAAGCGCGCCCUGAGGCCCGGGGCCUUCCCACGCGCAGUCCCGAGCGGCCCCCCUGCGUGGAUUCGGACCCCAGUGUGGCUUCCACAGCUCCGGGCGCCUGCCCCGCUCACUGCUGCUGCCCCAAAGGAGGAAGUGCCCGCUGGCUGCCGGUCCGAGCGCGAGGGAGAAGUCCAGGUAGCAGAGAAGGAAAGCACGCGGCCUCUUCUGGGAGCUCCAGAGCUGCCCCACCCCCAACACGUGGGCCACUGCGGAGACGCUGCCCGGAUUGGGCACCCCGGGCUGGACACCGGCAGGGGCCCCUGGGGAAAGGGCCCAUGGCACCUGGAGGUGGCCUGUUCCGACCCAACGCCUGGCACUGGUUGGGGGCGGAAGGCGGGGUCCUCCUCUCCAUCUGGAACCGGCUGGGGGUGGGGCAAGGAGCUGCAAAGGUCUGUUCCUCCCCCAGCAGGCCUCCUAGAUGGCUCCAAGCGGGCGCUUCCGCUCUGGGAUCCCAGGCUCCCGGGGCACCCUUCUCUCCCUGGCCCCGGGAGUCGGAUGCAGGGACUUCCAGGCUGUCCUGCCCUGCCGGGUCCCGGGCGGGUCUCCCCAGCUAAGAAGUCCCUGGAAUGUGAACUUGGGGCCGCCUGGGAACAAACGGCGGACGCUGGGAACCCAGGGUGUCCGGUGCGCGAGGGCGCGGGGGCCGCGGCACCCGGCUGCUUGCGGGUGCGCGGUUUUGCGUCCUGGAGUUCCAGCCAGGAGAGCGGCGUUCCACCCGUCCAGUCUGGGUGCGCGCUCUGCGGGAGGCCGAACGGGGAAUGCUUUUUUGUUUUUGCCUUGUUUUGUUUUGAAGAGAUGGACAGCGAGGGCCUGAUGGACGCCGCGGCGCGCUCGCCACCCGCGUCCCGGACCGGGGCCGGCCCCUGGGAAGGUGUAGGAGCGGCGCGGCCCCUCCACCGCGCGCCGCCGGCCUUGCGCGGACUCGAAUUCCCACGCUCUGCCUCGCGGUCCCAGCACCGACCAAAUCCCGCCAACGAAUCCCGGCGUCCGGGUGGCGCAGCGUCUGCGCUGGAGCCACCGCGCGCGGCCCGAGCCCCGCGACUGUGCAGCUGCGGGGUCCCGGCCCUCCGCCCGGCACCGCGGGGUCGCGCACCUGCACGCGUCCGGCGCCGCUUCGCUCCCCGUGGCGCCCACGACCGAGGAGGCACAGGGGCCGCCCGGGAGCGUUGCCGCUGCUCCUGUGGAAGCUGCGGGCGCGGGCAGGGGCCUGGCAGCCACGAAGUCCGCGGCCGCGUGGUUUCCCCGCACGGCCGCCGCGCCACGGAGUCGCUGGGUAGCAGGGCGGCCUCGGCAGCCCCUGCCGCCCAGGUCCCGCCCGCCCCGCAGCACCGGAGCGCGGCCCCCUGCUAG